AUGACUAUCGAAUCAGACGACAUCAUCUGGUUCGAUGACGAUGAGUAUAUUGGCGCGGAGAUCUCAUUUCCUUCUGGUUCAGUGUGGAAGCUGAGCUCCAAAAUAAGGGAACAUGACUAUUACGAAGCUCAAGCAGAUUGUGAGCUGUUUGGCAUUCAGUCUGAGGCGCGUGGAGUGUUCGUCUGCUCCAAGGUAUCUGGAAAUGGCCCACCUACUGCUGUCAUUAAAAUUCGUUUGCAGAUUCCGUGGUUCAAGACAGCAAGAAAAAGGCCUGAGGUCCGCGCUGAGCAGGCUACUCUGGAAUUUCCUAGCAGCUGGAACUCAGAAAUUGAAGCCUUGUCCCAUUUGACAAAGGCCCGCUGCUCCAGCACCCCUUCUUUGUUCGCCUGGAAGGCAGAUACACAAACCCACAAUGAAUGGGUCCCAGGAGGCUACAAGCUGAGUAUAUUGAUGGAGAAAUUACCAGGUUCUGAUCCCUCGGAUUUAUUUAUCACUAGUCAGAUGCCCCUUGUUGAACGGGAUCGUCUAAGGAUGGCCUUCAAGGCAGCGUGGCUGUGA